AUGCCUCUCACUUAUGAGACGAUCCCUCUCCAAGUCGAGGGCGUCAACGUCAAUCUUUCAACACUCCAUGAACUAAGCUCAACGCCACCGAUUCUCUUCUUACACGGUUUCGGCUCCUGCAAAGAAGAUCUAGCAGAUAUAGUCCUUCAUCCACUUCUACGAGAACACGACUUCAUAGCCUACGACGCCCCAGGCUGUGGCCAUUCCACAAGCGAUAACCUUUCCGCCACAGACAUUCCAUUCCUCGUCGCCACCGCCGAAGCUUUUCUUGCACACUUCAACAUCACCACAUUCCACAUUAUAGGCCAUUCCAUGGGCGGUCUGACCGCACUCCUUCUCGCACAACGCUACCCAGACCGAGUCCUCAGCUUUGUAGACAUCAAGGGCAACCUCGCGCCGGAGGACUGCUUCCUCAGCCGGCAGAUCUUUACUUUCCCUUCGGAUGACCCCGAGACAUUCCUCGAUGAAUUUAUCGAUCGAACUCGCAAGUCAAAAUCCAACUCCAACCCCCUGUAUGCAUCCGCACUGCGUUUGCGGGUCCGCGCGGACGUGGUGCGUCCUAUCUUCGAGUCUAUGGUGCAGCUUUCGGAUCAGGAAGAUCUGAUUGGUAUAUUUCUGAGCCUUCCUUUCCCGCGAAUGUUCAUGUUUGGUGAGGAGUGUCGUGGACUAUCAUACCUACCGCGUCUGGAGAAGGAGGGCGUGGAGUUGGCGGAUAUUCCGCAUAGUGGACAUUUCCCUAUGUAUUCGAAUCCGGUCGAGAUGUACAGGCGGAUAGCGGCAUUUUUGCAACAAAAAUCCGGGCAGAAAUAG